AGAACCUGAAACAAAAAAAUGAAACUGCAAUUUUGAAUUUUGGUUUCUACAAGACAGAAGCAAACAUAUCGAAGUUAUUUUUUCCUGUCAAAUGACUAUUUCUGACUUUUGACGUAUUUAUUACGUUGUCAACUUGAAGACGUGGGUGGUAAACAUUUCGUUUUAACUCGUCUGAUGCCGAAACACAUGUAGAAUUGCCUUAAAGGGAAAACAACUUCCAUAAUAACACAAGGUUUCUUAGACUUGCCAACAAAUUGUCGAUAACGGGCCUUUAUAAGAGGGCAGUAAGGAUCUCGUUAGUUUAGUUAUAAGUUGGACUGAAAACUGACGAUACUAAGAUACUACCCUACACUGAAUUGCAUGUGCCAUGGAGAUUGCAAAAAUUGAAGUUGAUUCCAAAUCUAAGGACGAGGAGAAAGAGUCGUUUAUCAUCGAGCUCCCUUCAGUCAUCAUUGUUAGCGAUCAGUUAUUCACAUCAAGUGGUAAAUGCAAAUUGCUUCAGCUCAAGCAAGUUGGAGGAUUGAUUGGUUAUUACUGGAGAAUUGAAUUGGCAAACAGAACAAAAUAUAACCUGUGUCUUGGCGCAAGUGAUGAUAAAGCAAUGUUUAAAAUCUUCACGAUGGUAAACGAUCAAAACGAAGAGAUCAACAUCAUUGAAAGUGUUUUCUACCCGAACAAAGUCAUAACACUCGACAAAGUGAAAGACAGGGUUAUAAUCAAGAACUGCCCCAUGGCUCCAACCAGGAUUGGAAAGCAAGAUUUAAUUCGUCAAGAUAUUUCAGAUAUUUUGCUGAAAAGAAUUUCUUAUAAAAGCAGCGCAGAACGCUUCAUGUUCCAGUUCUUUACAAAGGGAUAUGGUCUAGGAUUUGGGAGUGACGGAAAACCGAUGAAGCCCAGUACUGUCCGCCUAAAUCAAGCAGAGAGUAUUUUCAGAUUUGUUUGACCUCGUGGUCUAAUUGUUAAAUAGCCUCUAAGCUAUUUAUAUAUAUAAAUUGAAAUCUUUUUAACAAAUAAAGUAUUGGUAUAUAUGG